AUGACUUUAGACUCCAUGAUGGCUUGUUGCCUGAGUGAGGAGGCGAAGGAGUCCAAACGAAUCAACUCUGAGAUCGAGAAACAACUCCGACGAGACAAGAGAGACGCAAGAAGGGAGCUGAAGCUUCUUCUGCUGGGUACUGGAGAGAGCGGGAAGAGUACCUUCAUCAAGCAGAUGAGAAUAAUCCACGGGUCAGGCUACACAGAUGAGGAUAAGAAGGGCUUCACCAAACUGGUCUACCAGAACAUCUUCACCUCAAUGCAGGCCAUGAUCCGUGCAACUGAGACCCUCAAAAUCCCAUUUAAGUAUGAACAGAACAAGAAUAAUGCCCAGGUGGUGCGCGAGGUGGACGUGGAGAAGAUUUCAUCAUUCGAUCAGCCGUACAUCAGCGCGAUAAAGACGCUGUGGGCUGACCCUGGCAUCCAGGAGGCCUAUGAUCGCAGAAGAGAGUACCAGCUCUCAGACUCAACCAAAUACUAUCUAAGUGAUCUGGAUCGCAUUGCUGAAUCGUCCUAUCUGCCAACCCAACAGGACGUUCUUAGGGUUCGAAUCCCAACCACUGGGAUCAUAGAAUACCCUUUCGACUUGCAAAGCAUCAUUUUCAGAAUGGUGGAUGUGGGGGGUCAGAGGUCAGAGAGGAGGAAGUGGAUCCACUGCUUUGAGAACGUCACUUCCAUUAUGUUUCUGGUGGCGCUCAGCGAGUACGACCAGGUCCUGGUGGAGUCAGACAACGAGAAUCGUAUGGAGGAGAGUAAAGCUCUAUUCAGGACCAUCAUCACAUAUCCCUGGUUCCAAAACUCCUCCGUCAUCCUCUUCCUCAACAAGAAGGACCUGCUGGAGGAGAAGAUCAUGUAUUCUCACCUGGUUGACUACUUUCCAGAGUUUGACGGUCCCCAGCGGGAUGCCCAAGCGGGUCGGGAGUUCAUCUUGAAGAUGUUUGUGGACUUGAACCCAGACAGUGACAAGAUCAUCUACUCCCAUUUCACAUGCGCCACCGACACAGAGAACAUCCGCUUUGUCUUUGCAGCCGUCAAAGAUACCAUCCUGCAGCUCAACCUCAAAGAAUACAACCUUGUGUGAAGAGAGAAACAGAAAGAGAGAGGGAGAGAGAGCAAGAAAGAGACCUGCAGCCCCACACACACACACACACACACAAACACACACACAAUGCAGAGUCCACUUCUAAAAAAACACACAUCUGCAUGAAACACACUGCUGCUCAAAAAGCAUUGCUUCAUACUUUACCAGACCAACACUAUCCAUGUCCUAUUCCUACUGUCCUCUUAGCUCCUUGGUUGUUGGUUGCCCAUUUUUAUAAAGAAUGGUCUCUGUUUUCGAAUCUGUUUAGUGGUUCUAAUAAUUGCCCCUGUUGUACAAACACACUGAAAGAUAACACUCCCUCCAUUUGUCCCCCUCUCUUGGGGUUUUGGUGUGCUCUGGGGCUCCUCUUGGCCCUAGGUGUGGCUCACCUUUUUUUUUUUUUCUUUACACUACAUUAUUACCAUUGUGUGUGUUUCGAGGUGGGUAGAGGGCCUUCUCUGGGUAGAUGAAGCUUUUAUGGACAAAGGGCCCUCUCCCCUUCUUCUUAUUUAACCCAUGCAUGCGAUACACUACAGCAUGAGGGCAUGAGGCCGGGCUGCAGACCCUCGACUCUGCUCAUCUGCGAAGGGUAACUAAUUAUGAUAAGAAUAUAUUAUCUGGCAGUGCUGGGGUGCAGUGAGGUACUUGGUUCCCCUGGGUCUUGAAUUUUGUAUUUGAUUAUUAUUUUUUUUUGUUAACCCUGCCCCACUCAGAGCCCAGACGCUCUGUUGAAUGUAAAUAAAGUUUUCAUGCUGCUCACACAGAGUGAGGGCUACACAGAGACGACAACAUGUUCUCUGUUAUACUUUCAAUAUUUUCAGCUAUGUUAACGUCUUGGUUGUAUUAUUACUGCUAUUCUCCAUUUAAAAUUGAAGAUGACUACUCAAAGGAAUGCAACGCUCCAGAAAGACUCACAAUGUGUUACUUUUAAACUGCCCCUCAUUUUAAAGUGUUAACAUGUAUUAUGAAACAAAAAACAACAACACUACUACCGGUAUUAACAUACUGUAUAUCAACUCCCUCGUCAUUUUGCCCUCAUCACAUUGCCAAAUUGUAACCACCUGCUUUUUUCUGUAAAUAUAAUUGCAUUGCCAGUAUCUUGUUCAUCCCUUAAAUGGUUCAGAUACCAAGAAAACAUAUUUGGAAACGGUAUUGCCAAAAUUAGGUGCAAGUUUUCUCUCGUGGAUCAUUCAGAUUUUGAUGGCAUAACAACUCACUUUGUGUGGCAUUUUUUCAUGUCGACCAUUGUCUGAAUCACACAUCUAUUAGUACUGUGAUUUAUUUUCUCUGUUUCCUUAAUUAAUGUUGAGAAUAAUCUUCCUGUGCACAACGUGCGAAUGAUGAUACCAGAUUAGUACAGUGCAAUAGUCAGUUGUAGAUGAAAUAAAGCUUUUGCGCUGCCAGUUAGCUUAACUCACAAGUUGGUCUUGAUCACCCAUAUGGCUUCUCUCUGUAAUCAACUUUAUUUAGCCAUAUUAUUUGGCCAACAUUUGAUAAACUGUAAUGGAUAGCAAGAGAGUAAAUAGUUCUUUUUUUGUAUGUCUAAUUUAUCAAUCAGAUCUACGUAUUGUUGAUACAGUAAAUGAGACAUCCUCCCUAGUUUCAGCUUAAACGUUUUUCCAACCUAGGAGACAGGAGGAGAUUUUAUACUGCUGUAAAAUAUCAAAACUAUUUUAUGGACAAGUGUUCUAUCUUUCUAAUGAUACUUCAUAUAUUUAGUUGUUGCAGUUCUGUUUUGAGAUGCCUGACAAUGGAAAACGCUGUUUCCGUGUCAGGUUUGUGCUUUUAUGCAAAUAGGAAAAUGAAAACAGACAAAAAACUUGGUGGUUGAAUAUUUACUGUUCAAGAAUGCUUGCAUUUUUUUUUUUUUUAAUUUGAGGAUAUGUGUUGGCUAUUGGUUCCAAUCCCAUAUCGUGUCUCUUGCCUGAUAGAUGUUUAAAUAUUCCAUUAAGCUGAAAGUUGAUAAAUGGCUAUUUUUGUCUUCACAAUGUAAUUCAGGUAAGUUUUCAUAACUUUUUCAUCACAAGGGCUACUACUAGCAGCUUUGAUAGAAAUGAAAGGACUCUAUGGACGGCAUAGAGCAAAAGGUGCAAUUAAUUGAGGUGGGGGGGUUUAUGAAUCAAGAGUGUGUUGACAUCCUGUUGAGGGUGAUGGCCGCAGGUUCAGUGAGGAAGGAAUGCAGCAGUCCACAGAUGCCUACAUGACAUUCCCGAGGGAAGUCUGGUGGCGGUUUAGCUCUUUGUUCAUUAUCUUUUUGCCUUUAGAAGAGGAGAAUGGCUAGCGUCAAAAGAAGUGGGGUUUCCCGAGGUGCAAUAGCACAGUUGCACCUAACUAUCCUCAUACUCUGAUGAAUUAUGUGCUGAUCUUCUUGGCUUUAUAUUUUCCACUAUGUGGUUAUGCAUAUUUGGUUUAAUCUUCUAAUUGGUAGUGUUUCCAUGUUUGACUUUGGCAUUGGCUGUGUUGGAGUCAGAAAAAAAGGGAGCACUUGGGACAUUUUGACCUUUUUGUGCACAUUGAACUAGCUGGAAGGGUCAGAUUAAACAUCAAAGACAUUAUUACAGAGCCUGUCGUACUCCCUUUUGUGUAUCUUAAAUUGUUUGCCAAAAGGUUUACAAGUCAAAUUUUCUUUUGAAUUUCUGCAGAAAAGCAGUUUGAUCUGUUAGAUUUAGGGGAUUUUACUCGCCCUGUGUAUUACUUAGCCUUGAUUUUCUUCACAUGCACCUACUGAGAGUAAUCGUCACACCUCUGGUGCAAAUGUGUACAUUGUGUUGAUAAAGCCAUUAUCUUAUACGCUUUGACACUUAAUGAAGAAGGGACAUAUAUAUUUAUGCUAAGUGCCACAAUUUGUUAUGAGUUGAUAUGAAAAUAUGAGAAACAAUAUUGGAGAUGUUGCAAAAGCUCUGACUUUGAGAAGUCAAGUUAUUGUUUUGGCUGUGACCUUGUUUUUUUCCAGCCUGUACUGAUAAUGGGUUCAGCUUUGGUGCUUCAGCCAACAUUUAAAGGCCUUUUCUUGACCUGUUUGUCCCCAUGUAUAGGGGGAUGCUUUUCACACUCACUUGCUAAUAGAAGUUCAUUUUGUGGGUGAUACAAUUCAGCACGCUUUUCACUUUUAAAUUAAGAGCUUAUGUAUUUUGAUAUGUGGAUGAAUAAACUACGUGACAGACUUUAACUGAGCUUUGAAAGGAAUAUUUUGUUCUGCUUCCCUGCUGGGAUAACGUGCAUCUAUUUGUGUUUUGUUCCCCUGAACUGUGGCUUACCACCUUAAGGGCAGCCGUGUGGUCCCUUACACUUCAUGCUCGUAGAUGAGACGUUGCGCCGCAAAUGGACUUGAAUGGGCUGCUAUGAGGAUGAGAAACAAGAUGAAAGUGACCACUCCUGGGACCACUGUUUGCACGAUGGUGUACUCUUUUAAAAAAAAAAAAAAAAGAAAAAAAAAAAACUUUGUUGUAUCAGUUUUCAUAUGUGUAUUUGCCUUCUCUGGUGAGCACCUCGCAGCUAAACAGAAAAAGUCACAUGGCAACACUACCGGUGAUGGGAGCUAACAGCAGAGCUGGGUCGGUUAUUUGAAGUCCUUUCCAUUGAUUUGUACUGUAUUUGCUUUAUUCUGCUUAGAAUGCAUUCUGGAGAAGGUUUGUACAGCAGUCCAAUAAAAUACUGUGCCAAACAAAAUCAAUCAGCCACAGAAAUUCACAAUUUGUAGUAACUUGACCCAGAUCUCUGUGGUAAAACUUGUUGAUCCACUUUUGCAUUAUGGUUUCUUUUUUUUUUCUUUCUUUUUUUUCUUUUUUUUUUUCAAAAUGAAGCUUGUGUGUUAAGCCUCAGUAUUAAUGUAUUUAUUGAAAGACUUGCCAAGUGAAGGUACUGAAAUGGCCAUUAUAAUAUUUUGGUGGUUAUAAUUGUGAGUGAAUGAAUAUGCUGUAUGUUUACAUGUCUGCCAUUCUCCGCUCUCUCUCUUUUUUUUCCCCCUUUACUUGAUUGGACUGUGUAUUCUUUCCCUGGGUCGAAGGCACUGAAACUGCACCACUGCAAUGGGCCUGCAUUCAUGCAACUUAGAUGUCCGUUCAAGCGCGCUCGUUGGUACUCUGAGGUGUGUAUGUAUGUGUGUGUGUGUGUAUGUAUGUGUGUAUGUAUGUGUGUAUGUGUACACUUUUGAUGGCUAUUGCUUAUGCUUGAGAUCCAUUCUGAUUAGAGGGGUGGACAUACAGUGAUAUUAAAAGCUAUCUUGCAUCUUUUAUUUUAUUUUAUUUUUUAAGGUUGACACACCUUAACAUGUGUAUUUAGGACCACUUAAGAUGACAGACUUUUUUAAAAGAGUUCAAAUAAACUUUGUGUAGUGGUGUAAAAAUUGAAAGUAAUGUAUUUUUGUUUGAUUUUUUUCUUUUUUUUUUCUUUUUUUUAAGUAUACCAAAUGUAAAUUAUGUACAAUGAGUGUGCCAAUCCCCUUUCUUUGUAAAGCCAGAUUCUUAACAAGUGCCAAUGUUGUGAGAAAUCAGAGGGCCUGUGAAUUUCAUGGUCCAGUUUUUAAAACAAAUAAACACUUAAGUAUGUGAUUAAUUAACUAAAAAAAAAGGACAAUUUUAUUCUAUAUUUAAGAUUAAUGAUGAACUGCUGUUUUUAAGAUAAAUGUAAUUUCAAUUGCAUGUGUUUGUCAGGUUGGGGAGGGAGUGGGUGGGUGAUAUACUGUAUUCAUGCAACGCGCUCAUGAAAAGGGUCCUAAUGGUUUUUGAUUUACAGUAUUUUAGCCAUAUUUCUCUUUUGUAUGUUUCAUUUCAACCACUGUUGCCUGAACCUCAUUCAAACAUGAAAAUGAUUUUCAUAGCCUUCUCCUUUAAAUGUUUUAAAUUGGAAUAAAAUAUGUUCCUAUACUCUC